CUUGAUCUUACGAUCAUCUUGACUCAGCAUUGGAUGUUUUGGUUCCAUGGAGGUGUUUAUCCUCAUAGGAUGAGGAAGUUCAGACACUAUAUUAAUCUGUACGGAGGUCUUCAUGAAAACACAUCUGCCUGGAGCAUCCACAACAGACCCAUCAACUCUUUAACACAAACUGCUAACGUGAGGACAACUUGUGUACAUCAUGUCAGUCCCUGAUCAAAUUCCCAGGCUUGGCCGGGUUUCCAUUGACAAAUCAAACUCUGAAGUGUUUAUUCCUCUUGAGCUUGAACUGUUUGAUCAUAUGGGACCAAGAGCACCUACGGCACCAUCUUUCUCAGCAUUGGUUGUUGACAUGCAUGUGGCAGAAAACAAGAAACUUCACAAAACCAGCAAUUACAAAAACUCCAACCUGAUUGUGCGCCGUAACACAGAGUUCUACAUCAUCAUCAGAUUUAACCGCCCUUUCAAUACACUGAAAGACACUGUGGAAAUUGAAUUUUCAAUUGGCAACUCACCUGAUGUAAACAAGGGCACCUACAUCAUUGUGUCCUUUGGAAAGGUGACAAGUGACGUCAGCUGGAAGUGUCGUGUGGUGAACACACAAGACAAGGAUGUGGUAGUUGGCAUCACACCAGACUCCAAGUGCAUCGUGGGCCGUUUCCAAACUUUUGUGGGUGUGUUGAGUAAUUUUGGAAAACAGCGGACACAGAGGAACCCUGACACUGAUUUCUAUGUGCUGUUUAAUCCUUGGGACCCUGAGGAUCAAGUGUACAUGCCCAGAGACAGUGACAGACAGGAGUAUGUUCUGAAUGAUGUGGGGGUCAUCUUCAACGGAGAAUUUAACAAUAUAACAUCCCGUUCAUGGAACUACGGGCAGUUUGAACAAGGAAUUCUGGAUGCCUGCCUUACAGUUAUGGAUGCUGGCAAAGUACCGCUGAUAUACCGCGGAAAUGCCACUGAAGUCGUCCGGCAAGGCUCAGCUCUGAUAAACUCUAAUGAUGAUAAUGGUGUUCUGGUUGGAAACUGGAGUAAUGAUUACUCCACCGGCACGGCACCCACUGCCUGGACUGGAAGUCCUGAAAUCCUGCUGAAAUAUACCAGAGGAAAUUGCGUGCCUGUUUGCUUUGCUCAGUGCUGGGUGUAUGCCGGUGUGAUGAACACAUUUUUGCGCUGUCUUGGGAUACCUGCGAGAGUCAUCACUAACUACUGCUCCGCUCACGACAACGGGGGCGACUUGAAGACAGACAUCGUGCUGGACGAAACUGGCGCAGUGGACAGAAGAAAUACCAGAGAUUCAGUCUGGAACUAUCACUGCUGGAAUGAGGUUUACAUGAAGAGACCUGAUCUGCCCUCACAAUACUCUGGAUGGCAGGUUGCUGACAGCACCCCACAGGAGACCAGUAGUGGUCUUUAUCGAUGUGGUCCAACAUCGGUCAAUGCUGUAAAAGCAGGUGACCUCAGCUACCCGUUUGAUGCAAGGUUUGUGUUUGCAGAGCUGAACAGUGAUGUGAUCUACCAUCAGUGUGAUAAGUAUGGAAACAUGAAGACCCUCAAUGUUGACACUGCAUAUGUGGGAAAACUCAUCGUGACCAAAAGUGUUAACGGUUUCAAAUAUGAGGAUAUCACUUCUAACUAUAAGUAUCCAGAGGGAAGCGAAAAGGACAAGCAGACCAUGCAGACGGCAGUGAGCCGUGGUGUUCCUAGCAGGGGUUAUGUGCCACCUGCUGCAGCUAAUGUGAGCAUUGAGCUCCAGGUUGAUACCAUCAAAAUGGGUGAUGACUUCCAGCUGACCAUGAAAAGUAAGAACCAGGGUGGUCAACGCUAUACCGUCUCUACCACCAUCACUGGCAGUGUGGUAUUUUACACAGGGGUCACUGGCAGGAAGAUCAAAUCUGAAAACAGAACUGCUGUUUUGGAGCCCUGGAAUACUCAGACACUGAUGAUUUACGUCCGAGCUGCGGAGUACAUGCCCUACCUGGUGGAGCAAUCCAAACUGCAAUUUGUUGUGUCUGGGAAGGUUGCAGAAACUGGUGCGUCCCUCUCCGUAAUGAGAGUUGUCAGUCUUCGCCCUCCUGAGCUGACUAUACGGGUGAGUGGAUCUCCACGUGUUGGCAAUGUUUUCACCGUCAUUUUGGAAUUCCGGAAUCCCUACAGUUUUCCCCUGAACAACGUUCAACUGCGCCUUGAUUCACCUGGUCUGAUAAAGACCAAGAUCAAAACAUACAAACAAAUUUUACCUGGUGGCUUUGUGCAAGAUAUGGAGUCGAUCACCCCUAUGUAUUCUGGUAAGAAGGUGCUGAUAGCAUGUCUGGACUGUGAUGAACUGAGACAGGUCACCAGUCAGCAGGAAAUCACCGUAAUGUAAAACAACUGACUGUUGGCAGAGAAGAAGAGAACAGAAAUGAAGAAAAGAAUACUUACAUAUGGCCAAUCAUUAUGCUUUGCUUGCUUCACUUAUGUUUAUUUGAAAUACAGAUUUAAAACUCUUGUGUAAAAACUCCUGACCUCAGAAGGGUUAAGAAAGAAAGGCCUGAGCAAGAAAUGAGAAAUGUCUCGUAGAUGUCCACAGGAUUAACAUGAAUUUGUGGCAAUCUGCAUUAUAUUUGACUGUUGUUUUUGAUUAGAUAAUGAUCAGGAGUCUUUUAAACUACAUAUCGUAAUAAUCAUAACAUAAUGUUGAUUUUCUCUGCUAUAAUGCAAUGUUUUACUCAUGCAAAUAAACAAUAAAGCUUUAACAAUCAUGGAUGUUUUCAGUUUUACUUCAACACACAAGGUUCCUUACAUUUUAAAUCAUGCCAUUGUGUAUUACAGCAAUAUUAAUCUUCAGAUGAGCUGGCUUUUACAGACAUCAGACUCAGGGCCCUAAACUGAUGUACUGUAGUGAUGAAAUGCAUAGCCUACAUUAAAAUGUACUUCAAGUCACUUGGGAAUAAAGCAUCUGCCAAAUGCACAAAAUAAGAUCAAUUCAUGUUCUUAAAUUGUAUUAAAUGUGAAGGAGAAUUAAUGUAAAAACAUUGCACAUUGUAACCAUAUUUGAUUUUGUCACAAUCCCAAAACACACGCAUUACACAUUUAAAACAUAAUUGAGAGGAACUGGAAAAUAUUUUAUGUAGCCGAACUGGAGUUAAAUAAGUAAAAUUGUAAUUUUGUUCAUGGGCCAAAAUUGAAGCACCUUUGCUGAUUAAUGAACAUUCCUCAUCACUAAAGUUG